AUGGGCUCAGCGGCCCAAGCGAAGAAGACGGUCAAGCCAGCGAAAUGGAAGUCGGGGCCGCCGAAUGGCAAGUCCGGUAAGAAGAAGCCGAUGCCAUCGCUCGAGGAGAAGGCGCUCGAAGAAGAGUCCACCGAGGUCUCGGGCACGACGCCGGCGCCGACCAAGGGCCGCGUCAUGAGCGAGAGCGACUCGUACUCGAGCGAGAGCGACGCGUCCAGCUCCGAGAGCGACGAAGAAGAGGAGAGCAGCUACAAGCCCGGCGGCUACCACCGCGUCCGCGUCGGCGAUGUCUACAACGACCGCUUCACGGUGCUCGACAAGCUCGGGUGGGGCCACUUCUCGACCGUGUGGCGCUGCCACGACGCUACCACGCAGCGAGACGUGGCCAUGAAGGUGCAGAAGAGCGCGCAGCACUACAUGGAGGCGGCGCGGGACGAGGUCGAGCUCCUCGAGUGCGUCAACGAGGCCGCGAAGAAGAAGGGCGGCCCGUACCCGCGCGUCGUCAAGCUGAUCGCGAGCUUUGAGCACCGCGGUCCCAACGGCUUGCACAUGUGCAUGGUGUUUGAGAUGCUCGGCGACAACCUCUUGACGCUCAUCAAGCGCUACGACUACAAGGGCAUUCCGCUGCCGCUGCUCAAAGUCAUCUCCAAGCAGAUGCUCGAAGGCAUGGCGUUCCUGCAUGAAGAGUGCAAGAUCAUCCACACGGACCUCAAGCCCGAGAACGUCCUUCUCGUCGAUGCGCUCAUGAAGCUCCCAAAGCUCCCGAAAGCCCCCGUCCGACCCAAGGAUGAAGCGUCCAUGACGGCCGACGAGCGCAAGAAGCUCAAGAAGCGCAACAAGCGCAAGAAGCAAAAACAGAAAAAGGCCGACGAGGUAGGGGGCCCUACGAUCGAGGACGACGCCGACACAGCGCUGGCCGACGACCUCGCUGCGCUUGCGAUCGCACCCAUGAUCGACGAUGACGCAUUCAUCCUGCGGGAUUUGGAAAGCAGCAGUGUCGCCGAGCCGUCGACUCCCCUCGAGUCGUCGCUCCACGAGUACUUGGUGGACGCCCGCACGAGCCGCGACUACGCCAUCUCGUCCAACUUUGCCAUGCGCAUCAUGGUCGCUGUGCCGCCGCAGUUUAUGUCGGCGGCCAUGGGUGUCGGCAACCGCGUCUACCGCCUCAAGCUGCGCAUUCCGUCGGCGGCCGCCAAGGUCAUUCCAGGCUCCCGCAGCUCGACGUGCUUUUCGUUUAAGUUUUACAAGACGACUGACGACGAUGACGCGUCGUACAACGCGCUAGCGUCGACGAUCCUCGGCGCUGGGACCGAGGUCGACCGCGUCGAAGUGUGGCGCCUCGAGCUCGACGCGCGAUACCUGGACCUCAUCAGCACGUUCCUUGCUGAGUCGCUUGGCCCGGUGUUCCACCUCGUCAACGUCCGCGCGGCUGCUACGCAUGCGCUCUGCGGCUUUCACUUUCCCACCGAGUCGCCGCUGGACCACGCGCUGCAAGGCAUUGUGUUGCCGUCGCCGCGGCUCCUCCGAAGCAUCCACGAGCGCGUUGCGUCGUGGCAAACGCUCGCAACGACGCGGCACUUGGACGAAGCGACCAACGUGCCGCUCUACGACGUCAAGAUCGCCGACCUCGGGAACGCGUGCUGGACGUACAAGCACUUUACCCAGGACAUCCAGACGCGCCAGUACCGCAGUCCCGAAGUGCUCUUGGGCCAAAACUACGACCAGUCGACCGACAUGUGGUCGAUGGCGUGCUUUUUGUUUGAGCUUGCGACGGGCGAGCUUCUCUUUGACCCGAAGAGCGGCAAGAACUACUCGCGCGACGAAGAUCACCUCGCGCAGAUGAUGGAGCUGCUCGGGAAGAUGCCGAAAUCGUUUGCGACGAAUGGCAAGUACAGCAAGGACUACUUCAACAAGAAGGGCGACCUCAAGAAGAUCCACAACCUCAAGUUUUGGGGUCUCAAGGACGUGCUCAUGGAAAAGUAUGAGUUUGCAGCGGACGAAGCCGAGCCGUUUGCGACCUUUCUCGAGGCCAUGAUGAAGUUCCAGCCCUCCAAGCGCGUGACGGCCGCCGAGAUCCUCAGCCAUCCGUGGCUCAACUAG